AUGCCAGUGGCUUCAGGCAGCCUGCUUUUACUUGUGCUUGGGACAACUUACCUCCAAGAAGGAAGCUCUACACCAGGGUCUGUACAAGGUUCAAAAUGUGGGCAGAAAACCUAUGCCACAGAUCCAUGGUCUUUUUAUGGUUACCUCUCACGGAUUGUUGGUGGGACCCAGGUGCGCCAAGGUACACACCCAUGGCAGGUCUCCUUGAAAAGGAAUAACCAUCAUUUCUGUGGAGGAACUCUUGUUUCCACUCAGUGGGUAAUCACGGCAGCUCACUGUGUUGUAAGCAGAUAUCUGCUCGGUUCACUGUCUGUCACUGCUGGGGAACAUGAUCUGAAUCUGAAAGAUGUGGAAGAGCAGACCUUACAAGUUAAACAGAUAAUCAAACACCCAAAAUUUACCAGGAAGAAACCAAUGGAUUAUGACAUUGCCCUUCUAAAAAUGAAUGGCCACUUUAAAUAUGGUUCAGCAGUUUGGCCAGUAUGCCUUCCAGAUCCAAAUGAAAAAUUUGAUCCAGGAUUUAUAUGUGUCACUUGUGGCUGGGGCCGUUUAAGAGAAAAUGGAAUGCUUCCUGAAGUACUGCAUGAAGUAGAGCUGCCCAUCUUAGACCAGAAUGAAUGUUCGAGAGUGUUAUCAACCUUGAAGAAACCUAUUCAAGGUGACACCAUAAUGUGUGCUGGGUUUCCAGAUGGAGGGAAAGAUGCUUGCCAGGGGGACUCUGGAGGCUCCCUUGUGUGCAGACGUGACCAUGGUUCUUGGACCCUGAUUGGAGUGACUUCGUGGGGCAUAGGAUGUGCUCGUAGCUGGAUGCAUAACUUGAAAAAAAAGUAUGAAAAAAGAGGCACACCAGGAAUUUUUACAGAUCUUACAAAGGUGCUCCCUUGGAUUCAACAGCAUAUGGAUGCUGAUGUCAAAAUGAAAAGUCCAACAGCAUCAUGUAGUAUUCAAGAUGGUAAACUCCCUGGCAGUGAAGGAAGGCUACUUUUCCCUGAAGAUCCCAAGGAAUAUUAUCCAGACAACCAGCUGUGUGUUUGGACUCUGCUUGUCACAGAAGGAAUGCAUAUCUUGUUGAAUUUUUCCCAUUUUGAUGUGGAGCCAGAUCCAUUCUGUGACUAUGAUUCCUUGUCAGUGAUUUCUAUGGAUGACAGACUUGUUGGGAAAUUCUGUGGAAUGGACCCUCCAUUGCCUAUUUUGGUUGGUUCCAAUAAUGUAAGGCUAAAAUUUUUCUCUGAUAACAAGGAACAUGGCACUGGAUUUUCCAUGAUAUACCAGGCUAUUAAACCAGCUACCCUUUUAGAUUCUGGCUGUGGAUCUCUAGCAAUUCUCUUUCAAGAGGGAACAGUUCAAAGUAUGCACUAUCCUGAGCCAUACAAUAACCUGGCAGACUGUCAAUGGAUUGUUCAUGCUCCAGAAAACCAUGUGAUUAAGCUCAUAUAUGAACAUUUUGAACUUGAGGAAAAUGAGGACUGCACUUAUGACUCAGUGACAGUCUAUGAAAAUGUUGUGAAGGAGAAUGAAAUAGCUCGAUCAUGUGGAUUUGCUAUUCCUGCCCCAGUUUUGAGUUCCUUUAGUACCAUGCUAAUCAGGUUUCAUUCAGAUGAAACAGAGACCUUUGGUGGAUUUAAGGCCAAAUUUUUGUUCAUCGCUGUCACAGAUUUAAACAUAUCAAAUUCAAGCAGUGAAGUGCUGGUUCCUGAAGAAACAAGUCAUGCCACAAAUCAAACUGACAUUUCUGAUGACAUUUGUGGAGUAGCAUUAAAUCAACCCAGGUUUCUUUUCAGUCGAAUAGUUGGAGGUGAGGAGGCUGUACCAUAUUCUUGGCCUUGGCAAGCCAGCAUACAAAUUUUGGGUGAAAACCUCUGUGGUGGAACUGUUCUUACAAGCACAUGGGUAGUUACUGCUGCUCACUGUUUUAAAGAAAGGGAAAAAUACAAAGAUCUUUGGAGGGUGGUGGCUGGAGCCCAUGACAUAGGAGACCAAGAACAAAACAGUCAGAAAAGAUCUGUAAAGCAGUACCUUCUGCAUCCAGAUUUUAAUGCUACUACUACGGAUUCAGACAUUGCACUGGUGCAACUGAUGGAGCCUUUUGAAUUCAACCAUUAUGUUCGUCCAGUCUGCUUACCUAAGAGAGAUGAGAAGGUGGAACCUUCAAGAUUGUGUGUCAUUACAGGAUGGGGCAUUCAGUACGAAGAUGGAGAAAAAUCAAGAAAACUCCAUCAGCUUGAAGUUCCUAUUUUGAUGUCUGAAGUAUGCCAGAAAUACUACAUGAAUCAUUCAGGUGGUCUGAAUAAACAGAUGUUCUGUGCUGGAUUCCCAGCUGAAGGGGGAAAGGAUUCAUGUACAGGUGAUUCUGGUGGCCCAUUGGUUUGUCCUUCAGAAGACUCAAGCUACUAUACCCUUAAUGGAAUAAUAAGCUGGGGCUUGGGCUGUGGAAGAAAAGGCUAUCCAGGAGUUUAUACAAAUGUUGCUUCUUUCACUGAUUGGAUUGGUCAACACAUAUUUGGAAACAACUCAUCAAACAAGGCAUGAAGAUUUUCAUGAAUUUAUGCUUUCAAAACAAUCAUCAGAUAAUAUGCCAGAGGGAACAGAGUAGAAGUGCAUAUCCUGAUUUAUUUGUAUGACUCCUAGCAACUCUGUAUCUAGAAUUUAUAGACUGCAUGUGUCUUAAAUCAAAGACUUUUUUAUAGGGAAAAAACCACAGGGAAGCAAUAUUUGUGUGGCUUUAGAAAUUAAUGUCUUUUGAUUUGGAAAAACAAUGACAUCUUUGUCAUCUUUCCUAAGAGAUGUAAAUCCCACUGAGUUUUAUGGGCUAUAUUCCCUGAUGCACCUUAAAACUGCAACUCUGGGCAUGCUUUACUAGUUGUAAGUCCCACUGAACCUGU